GACAAACCCUUCGACAACUAACCACAGUCGCCAUGAAGUUCCUCAAGACCGGCCGUGUUGCCAUCAUCACCAGAGGCAGAUAUGCCGGAAAGAAGGUCGUGAUCAUCCAACCCCAGGAUGCCGGCAACAAGUCCCACCCAUACCCUCACGCAUUGGUCGCCGGUAUCGAGCGUUACCCAUCCCAAAUCACCCGUCGUAUGUCCAAGGCCAAGCAAACCAAGCGCAGCAAGGUCAAGCCUUUCAUCAAGGUCAUCAACUACAACCACUUGAUGCCAACACGUUACACUCUUGAGUUGGAGGGAUUGAAGGGUGUUGUUUCCGCAGAUACCUUCAAGGAGGUUUCUCAACGCGAGGAGGCCAAGAAGACCGUCAAGAAGGCUUUGGAGGAGAGAUACACAUCAGGAAAGAACAGAUGGUUCUUCACUCCUCUCAGAUUUUGAACAAUUCUUCAGCGUCAUCGGGUCGGAAUGGGGUUUAUUUACAUGGUCUAGUCGCAUCAUGAGCUAGGAAUGCAGCAUCUCCAUUAAAAAAUGUUUAUGAAGCUUGCUUUCCACGUUGCAAACGUGAAUAAAAUGUACAUUUUGACAAAAUCUCAGUUGCCGAUCAUGAGAAUACUUGGAGAAUGUUGGGUCAAUUGUGAUGUGAAUCUGGAGGUGCCUUCAUACCGACAAAUUAACACAAGCGACUUCGAGGAUUUAUUACGAUUUCUGGCAUUCGAUAUGGUGGAUAUGGACAUGGGUGGAGGAGUUCUGAUUUCGUCCUUAUUCCAGAACCUGACAAGUUUCAAUGGCCCUUUUUCGGAUCUCACAAUUCGAUUUCAGCAGUCCGCAUCUUACAAUCACAAUUCCA